GGCGGGGCGCAGCUUUGCAGAGUCCUGGCGCCGCGCUGGGGAGGGGGGGUGGCCGAAAGGGGGGCGGUGGUCGGGCCGCGCAGGCGGAGAUGGAAUGGGGCCCGGGCUCAGGCUGGUCACGGGGGGAGGCUGCCGGCGUGGACCGCGGGAAGGCGGGGCUGGGGCUCGGCGGGAGGCCUCCCCCGCCGCCGCCCCGGGAUGAGCGCGCCCAGCAGCUGCUGGACGCGGUGGAGCAGCGGCAGCGGCAGCUCCUGGACACCAUUGCCGCCUGCGAGGAGAUGCUGCGGCAGCUGGGCCGCCGGCGCCCGGAGCCGGCUGGUGGCGGGAACGUCUCAGCCAAACCCGGAGCGCCUCCCCAGCCAGUUGCCGCUGCCAGAGGUGGCUUUCCAAAGGAUGCUGGCGAUGGAGCUGCGGAGCCUUGACCACCCCCUAGCCGGGCAUCCUAACUUCUCUCCCUCCCCAGGGCUGGUGGCUGGACUCUAAACAACUCCCUUCAGGAAAAAGGGGCUAGUCUUCACUGGCAGUGGCGGUACUUGGCCGUUAGCCUGGGAUGGCAGCUCUGUUGGCAGUUGGGUUCACUCCCACUUCAUCCUGGCUGAAGGCAGUGCUGUGUUUUGAAAUGUAGCCCAUGAUUUCCCAGUCUGAUUACUUGGAUUUGGGCAGACCAGCAGUGCUGGCCAGAGUGGUCUGGCCCGCUUUGGGGGUUCCAGGCGGUAUGACAUGUCCAUUUCAUGCUUUGGGAGCUCUAAGCCCCCUAAAACACCUUCAGCAGAGCCUUGAUUAAAAGGAAACCUGCAGACUC